CGCAUACAAGAAAAAAAUAGUAUUUUUUAGAAAAGUUUGUUAAACAUAUUUUUGUUGUUGUGAGCACAUUUACAACAGGAUGGAGGUGGAAAAGAAACAAAAGGUUUCUUUCAUGACCACUAUGGACAGGGAGCUCUUCCCUGUUAAAAUGCCUCCAAACAGAUUUGGGAAUGAGAUAGUACCUUUACGAGGAGCACCACACAGGGGGCCUGGCUGUUAUGAAAAUGAGGAUAAAACCAGCUUCAUGUACCAGAUUGAGCACAACAUUAACAGCACAAAGGGGUAUACACUGGGAGCAAGAACUUCACGGAGAUUUCCUAGAACAGUAGUGUUUGAAACGCCAUGUCCUACAGAAUAUCAGCAGCAGAAUUCUAAUCUUAAGGAAUUUGAGACGGAUCAGAAACCAUUUCUAGUUGGUGCUGACAGAUUCCCCAUUUAUAAGAGAGACAUUGUGGAUGUUUUACCGGGUCCUGGAACAUAUGAGCAUCAAGUUCCACGGAACCGCAAAGUUCAGUGGCACCAAUCCUUUGGUGGCUCCCCAGUAUAUCUCCCUGAAAUAUCAGUACAAAGUACAAUAGGACAGAAUACAGAAAAGUUAUACAGUACAAAAGAAGAAAGGAAAUACCACAGAAAGCUUGCCUACCUCAAACUUUACUAUAAUGACUGACAGAUGUGGAGAUUUAACACUCUAAGUAUAUUUUAUGAUCCACAUUCUUACUUUGAUGACAACAAGAAUAUAUAAAGAAUCAAGAUGUCUACUAUCUUAACAACCCAGAAAAGCUCAUUUCUUCUCCAUUCUAAUUUUUAUAUUGGUUGUAUUUUGAUUUUAAUCUGUGCCUAGCUAUUUUUAUCUCUGCACAGUCUUGCAAAAAAUACAGCUGUAUUUUUUUUUUACAUUUGAUGCAACAUAAGUACUUGGUACAUAUAAUUACUUAUUUGAUAUUUUUAGCAUUUCAAAGAAAUCUCCAAGAUUUAUUGAUAAAAUGUUCAAAUCAUGUAUAUAAAAAGAUCACUUUUAUUGAACAAAAGCAUUAUGUUAAAUGCUAAAAUAAAUAUAAGGAUAUAAACUUCUCAAGAGAACACUUUUUUGAGAUUUUAUUU